GUCAGACGAUUUUGGGUUAUGUGGGAUAAAAGAUUGUUGAGCGACAUUCGGUUGUUAUCAAUUGUCUUAUGGUGAUCAAAGCUAACGAAGAGAAAUGUUCGAACCAUUGGCGACUGGCAACGCUGUUCUCAAGGUAUACAGAUGGUUCAUAAUAUUUAUAGCGACGGCGAAUUACCUCACUCUGCCAGUUGGAGCCAUCGACUGUUUCAAGUGUGUAUCGAUGAACGGUGCGAAUGUCGAGUGCGAUGACCCAUUUCACAACAAUUACACGACGGGAAUCCUGGAGAGUCCCUGCAUGGGAGGACGAAAGGGCAGGGACGGACUAUUUCCCGCCACGUCCUGCAUAAAGAUCGCUGGCGUUUAUGAUGAUACUGGCGAAAGGAUGACAGUCAGAGGUUGCGCUCUGGACAGUGGAACCUUAACAACGGACACGGAAAUAAUCAGGAUGUCACAUUGCGGAAGAUUUUACUACGAUGACAGGUAA